AUGAAUAUCAGUACUAAAUCAAUCCUCCAUGUUUGCUGUGCGAAGGGACGUUGUGAAAUGGUGAAAUUGUUACUCAACUCUGGCGCUUUUAUCCACGUGCGUGACAAAUGGGGGCAGACGGCGCUAAUGUAUUGCAUGGUUUGUCAGUUUGUGGAAGUCGCAGAAAUUUUGUUGAUGAACGAUUCUUCAGUCGCAGACGAUCAGGACAGUUUUGGGAAAUCAGCACUUCACAUUGCUGUGGAAUCAGGAAACAUUGAUUCCGUGAAAAUGUUUAUCAACCAUGGCGCCAAUUUAGACAUUCAAAAUAUUGAAGGUUACACCCCGUUAAUGUUGAGCUGCUACUCUGACCAAGCUGAUCGUGAAAUUUUAAAUCAGAUGCUUCAACUAUUGGUAGAUUCUGGUGCAGAUAUUCAUAUAAGAGAGAGAAGAAGUAGGAGAACGGCGCUACAGGUUCAAAUCUCAUCCAAGCAUGGUGCAUGA